AUGGCGACGCGGCUGCUGCUCCGGCUCCGCUCCAUCAGCCCGCCUCUUCCUCCGGCACAUAUUCCUGGCUCCUGCUCUUCGGCUGCCCAACUCGGAAAUUGUGUCCUUCAUUGCUCGCCGCCGGGCAUGCGGGAACUUCAUGUCUUGCCAAGAGCAGUACCGAACAACAGUCGAUGGUUUGGAGGAGGAUCACGUUGGCAUUCUUCGUCGUCCAAGCCACCCCGCCCUCGCAGCAUCCUCACGAAUGUGCUCUUUGCUGCGUCCUUCUCCGCUGCCGGCCUUCUCAUCGAUGACACAUCAUCGGAGGAUAAGCAGAAAUCGCCACCCAUGGGCCCAAUUGAUACUGGAAGCAACAAGAAGAAGACCCACAAGAGGGACUGCACCAACGCUCUUCUCGCCAUCAAUGUCAUGGUUUACGUCGUGGAUGUAGCAGCAAGAGGGAGGCUUUCUCUGUGCGGAGCUAUGGUAAAUAGUCUCGCUUUGCAUGAUAUUGGGCCUAUGGUGGAAGAGGUCACUGGCCCUGCAAGAUUUCUAACUAUUUAUUUCACUUCGGCAUUGGCAGGUUCACUCAUGAGUUACUGUGCUGGCAUCAAAUCUUCUGUUGGUGCGUCCACUGCUAUUUGUGGAUUGAUUGGUGCACAAGCUGUUUAUAUGUGGAGGCACCGAAACCAUUUGGAGAAAACAAAUGUAACUUUAGGGCGAAUUGCAUUUGAUGUUGUAAUCAAUGUGGGCGUUGGCCUCUACGUAAUGAAACGCAUAGACAACUGGGGUCAUUUAGGAGGCUUGCUUGCGGGAGUGGUUGUUGAAUGUUUUGUCGGUCCACAUUGGAAGAAGCUAGGGGUUGCAGAGGAUAGAACGAAGGUGAUCCAAGACAGGGCACCUCUUGCUUGGCUAACCAAUGGUGGUAUAAGACCACAAAAAACAGUCUUUACUGAGACAGAAGAAGGGUUGUUCGCAAAGUGAAACACAUUACACAUGCAUAUUCCAGCCUCCAAAGUUGACUUGUUUUGGUGAGACUAGUCGAUGGAUUGGAGCUAACCCGUUGUACUACUUCCGAAGAGUCCAGACUACUUAUG